UUUCGAUUUAAUUACAGCGGUGGUAAAGAAUUAAUUAACAUAAACACAGCAGGUCAGCAUCAACGAUGUAGAAUGACAUUUGAGGCUUACAAAUGGCUGGGUUCCCGAAACGGCAGUGAUUCCAUGAUCCGGCAGGUGUUUGGCUUUUUAUAUAACAUAUAUUUAUAGCAACUGGCUUUCAGAAUGACAGGAAAACUUACCAAAUAUCAGAUGGACCAAUUGGAAGCUUUUAUUGGAUCUGGACCAAAAGUAUUCCGGCUCCUGUACAGCAUAACCAGGGACGGUUGCGCCGCCACUGUGUUCCACCGGAAGUGUGACAACCAGGGACCGACCGUGACAGUUCUCUACAACCCACAUGGCUCUGUAUUUGGUGGGUACGCAGGCGUCAGUUGGCAGAGCAGCGUCGGUUUCCACACCGAGGAUAAUACUGCCUUCAUCUUUCAAUUGAUGUACUCGGGAAAACGUGCUGUGAACAUAUUUCGACCAAAAGAUGCGUCAAAAGCCAUAUAUUGUAAUUCAAAUGACAGCUCAAAUUUCGGAUAUCCAGAUUUUAAAGCCUUUUCAAACACUGUGCCUUUGAAUAACGACGGAACAUUUAGUCUGAAUGGCAGUAUUUCUCUUGGACACUUUUAUCAUAACAAUAACGUCUCGAACAAAGACAUAAACAAUGGAAGCAUGGUUGUCACGGAAAUGGAAGUGUAUGCUGUUUUCGCAGAUUACCCUCGAAAAUCAACGGACACGCACAGAAUAUGGCGAAAAAACACCUGCUCUCACUGAUGAGUACAUUUCAAAGUUAAAAGAAGAGCUUGCGUCAAUAACUCCACCAAAAGGAAGUGGAAUAACCGACUUCCAGUUAUUACUUGUUGGCCCUGUCGGCGCGGGAAAAUCCAGCUUCAUCAAUACCGCCAUGUCCCCGUUCGCCGACAGAAUUAUGCAUAAAGCCGCCGUCGGUACUUCAUCGCAGAGCGUCACAAGAAAGUACAUAACUUACCCAGUACGCAAAUCUGGCGGCUCUUGUCUCAACCUCAGGCUUUGUGACACGCCAGGUAUCGGGGACCAUUCGGGAUUGGAUGCGUUAAACAUUAACUUCCUGCUAGAUGGUCAUGUUCCCUCCUCCUUUGAGUUCUCUUGUUCGCGCCACAUAUCAGCAAAGACGCCUGGGUUUGUACACCGCCCAUCGUUAGCUGAGGAAGCCCACUGUGUUGCUAUUGUGCUGGAUUCUUCUACAAUAAAUGACCUUCCCGCAGUGACCAUGACCUUGUUAAACGACCUCAAAAACCUUGCGCUAGAAAAAGGCAUACCACUUGCGAUUAUCAUGACCAAAAUAGACAAGCUUCACGAAGAAAUUGCAGAAAAUCUUGCCGACGUUUUCAAGCGUCCAGAGGUCAAGACUGCUGUUGACCAAGUCAGCGAGGCGUUUGGUAUACCUCCAAACCACGUGUUUCCGGUGAAAAACUAUCACAGCGAGAUGGAAACCGAGAUAGCAGUGCACGGGCUAGCUCUCCUAGCGCUUCGGAAGAUGCUUUUUAUUGCUUCAGAUGCCCUGGAGGAGCGCACUUCCGCUAAUGAAGAGAGGCAAGGGUCUACCGCCGACGUGACGGAAUCUGAUACUGCCUAGCGUGUUAAAUCUUGGUCUUAGAUAUAUUCACAGUUAACAAUAGCGACAUAUACUAAUGUCUUGAUGCAUUUUGGCAAACUGCCCACUUAAGAAAAAUCGUGUUAUUUCAUGCACAGAAGGGUGCAACAAAGUUAUAUUUUAUCAAAUGUAGGGACAUGGAAGUUUGCAAACAGACAUUGAAGAUGUAACUUGUUUGUGAUAAAGAUACAGUCGA